CGUCAUUCAAGCAGCGUCGCAGAACUUCAAAAGCGAUCAAAUAUUGCUGAACUCUUUGUUAAGGCAAAGGCUGAAGAAUGUAGACUCUACAUACAGAUUGUUAUUGGUUGUUAUACUAUAGCAUUCAUAGUACCACUACCACACUCACUCUACAUUAACUACUUGCUUCUACGAAAGUAUUCAGUUAACAAGAUGGGUCAUCGUCAUUCAUUUUCAUACGCCACAAGCACAAGCAGAACUCUCUUCCUUCCUCCCGUUUAGACAUCCCCGUGGAUUGAAUUUUGGAUGUAAGGAUGGCAGCAGGACCAGAAUUCUAACUCUCUUGUUCCUGCAAAGACUCUGUGCUCCUUCGACUAUUGACUUUUUCCUGAGCAAGGCGCAUCAGCGAGCCAUCGUCAAGGUAUCGCCGGAGCAGCUAGGUCUGCCGCUUCGACCGACAAAUGCACAACGGCGCUCGGAUACGCUUUACUUACGGCAAAGGAAAGACUCUAAUGUGGUAGACUCUAACUGUAACUCUAUGUCUUGUUCUGAUGUGGUUUCGUCGUAGAGGUCCACUGUAGCAUGAAAACUAACCCAUGUUGAGUAUGAGUUGAGUAUUACCGAUCCUCCAUCAAGUGUUCAAGCAAGUCGAGUCGCGUUGCUAUUACAAAAGUCAAGUUAUUAUAGUCAUUGUCAGACAAAAGAAAAAGUCAAGUGAUUCCCUUCCCUACCUCAAGUUCACCAUCUAAGUUACGGUAAACUUGACGGACUAGCGGAGAGCAGUCACAACGAAAACCAACAGAGGGUGCAAAUGCACUCGAGCAUAGGAUCAGCUGACGAAAUGCUGACACACUAUCUUUAAGAGAAAAAGAAGAAGAGGAUGCUUUGAUUCUUAGUUAGAAAUCGGGUGCUCCUACCUGCCUUAUUAGGGGAAAAGAAUGGUCAUGCUUAUGGGCGUGCUGCUAGUUGUCUGUGUACGACUUUUUUCUAUCAACACUAUCGUUAGACCAGGAAAAACUGUUGCUGGAGAAUCCUACAACAUAACUCUAUCUCUACAGCCUCCUCUAACUCCCAGUGACAACACGAACUGCUGGAGAUAUCUUCUUGGGCAAGGUGAGGUAUUACAAAGGCCAGAGUGAACCGGAAUUGGAAGCCAGCGUUGUCAAAACGGAACAUCAAUUAAUGCGAUACCCGUCUGAGCGCGUAAUGCUGCACCGAUCAGAUUUAUGAAUGCUGUUUCAUGAUUGAUGACGAUGAUUUUUUUUCCUUUGUAGGUAGAGCGAGGCAGGCUUCGUCAUCGCUUGGUUGGAAUUUAGACUUUACUUAAGAGAAGUAAAAGAGAAGUACGUAAGUAGCAAGGUUGAGUUUAGAAAUCAGUGCUGGAAAACAUUGCAACAACACAAAUUACUAGGCACUCCAGUUGUUCUUCUUCUUGUAAAGCUCUAAAACCAGCUGUCUUCAAAGUCCCUCGGAUGCCACGGGCUAACUUAGUCAGCCAAUUACCACCAGGUGGAGACUCCACGCCAACCAGACCACAACAGGAUGACGAUCUUCCUUCCUACUAUGAGGGUCGUUCUGACAAAGACAACUAUAGUUCACCUGGAGGUCGAGGUGGUGCAGUUUCAGACCCCACUGCAGAUGGUGUCGCUUUAUUGAACCACACGACAAGCGAUUUGGACAACACUCGAGGUGAGGCUACGACUACUAGUGGCUACGUUUCAGCAGGAGAUAACGUGCUACUUUCAGAAUCGGAUGCGGAUGCUAUCAUUAUGACAUACUUGAGAGUAUGAUCGGGUUCUUUGGGUUUUGAGAAGUUACUUCUGAUUAGUAAGGGUGUCCUGAAAUAUAAGUAACACAACUGAAUCUUGCAGUGGUCGCUCAUUGAAUCCAUCAAUCCUUUUUCUCGGAUGUUUUUUCAUGGUGGUUUAGCUUACUGUUCUAACUCACGACGCCUCCGAGACGACCCCACAUCCCAACAUGACGUUGACGACACUAGACUCGUUUCCGGAGACGAGAGGAAGAUACAGAUUGACCGCGAUCGAAAGGCUUGGUUGGAUACGCAAAGGAGAACACUAGAAUUCUGUGACUUCUACACACGAAUCCGAGACUGUUACAUGAAGAACCAAGUGGAACUCUUCGCCAGUGGAGCAUUGGAGUGGGUUCUCCUCCUGCUGCAACAAUUAGCCGUCCCUCCACUCUUCUCGCGAGUGCCGAAGUCUGUGAAGACGAAGGAAGAAAGAGAGGAGGACCUCAAGCGGGCAGCGGAGAAGAAAGCAAAAGCUGCUGAGGAAGCUAGAAGGUUGGAAGAAGAGUUAUGGCUCGGGGGGGGUGUUUCUGUUUGCAAACAAAGUGCAGUCGCAUACAUCAACUACCACAUAAGAAGUACACACUCAUGGAUAGCGAAAUGCAUCUAAUCUAGUGUCCUUGGAAAUGUUUUGUUAGUAACGGAAGAGGCUCUAAAGACUGCAGCUGAGCAAGAGGCACAGAAAAAAGCCGCUGAGGAAGCUGCUAAAGCGGAGUCGAGAGCUGCUAGUGCCAGUGGGCGUAAGAGUAAGGAGCCAUCGAGUCGUGGUGGAUCACGCAAUAUUAUGACGACCAGUUUCGCUAGAACUUACUUACAUCUAGAUCUACCUCUGUCGUAGUUCCGUAGCUUCGAGUUUUUCUUUCUGUUCGAGAACUAACUGAUACGAAAGACCAUUGCCAUUUCGGAGAUCAACAUACUUAUAAUCUGACUCCAUGAUCUUUCAUCUCUAAUAGCAAAGCCCAACAACCAGACGAAGAUGGUUCUCCCGCGGCGGAUGGGUCGUCGCCCAGCAAGUCUGGCGCGAGAAGUACUGGCUCAUCCAAGAAAAGCGAGAAAAAAGCCGGAAGUCGUCCGGGAACCAAUGCUUCUUCAGCGAAGUCGAAAGGCACACAAGAACCUGGCGGAGGUGACGCGGAGAGUUCAGAAGCGGCUCCUGGUGGAGCUGCAAUCUAUCCUCCUCCAGGAUCAGCUGGACAGCGAAGCGUGGCAGGUCAAAGCAACGAUCCCAUGAUGGAUUUCGUCUGCAACAAGACUAGUGGAGGAGGGUCCUCAAACAGUCAAGAGAACCAAGAAGACGGUACAACGCGGAGUAGCGCCAUCGGAGGAUCAUCAUAUAGGGGAACGCCACCACGCUCUGCAGCGUCCUCGAAAUCCAGAGUAAUCGUAGCCACACCAGGUGGGGAUCAAGAUGCUGAUUAUGACGCAUUUGUUUUUGUAUUUGUAGUUUCUCCUGUUAUAAUUUCUGUCCAGUAUAUGAAAAUGAAUAUGUUGUACAGUGAACGCAUGGUCCUCCUGGGGAUGUUGUUUCUCUUUGUGUCUCGAGGGAAUAUGUUAGCCCCUACGAUAUUUCUUAUCCUUACCCCUGCUACAAUAUUUCUUUCACAUCAACAUCACGAGUUCUUCAAUUUCAACUCUAAAUAAACCUUGCACCAGACCAACAUCCUCCUCGCUCGGCCGCCUCCACCAGUAGUCCAUCUAGCAAGGGGUCUUUGCGGGCCGUCGCAGCCGCUAGAGCAGGUGAGGAGGACGAACUAGCCCUCCACGUUCCUGGAGCUGGUGACUUUGGCGCACCAGUAGAAGUAGCAGUAGUCGAACAAGAGGCUGGAGUAGAUGUUAUGGAAGGAAGAAAAGACUGAGAUGGAAGGGAGAUUUUUGUUGGUUGUAGUUGAUUGUCUUGUACUCCGUAAUUAGAGUGAGAAAAAGUUGUCUUCAAGGACUUUCUAAUGAGUCAAUGAUCUCAUACUCAUUGGAAAUAAAUUUUUCCAGUGAAGUUGUAGAUCGCAUUCGCAAGUAGCUCGUCAAGUACUCCCGUAACUUCUACAGUCCGUUUCCAUCCUGCUUUUCUAAUCCCAACCAGACGCCGGCAACACUAUUAACGUCGUCUCCCGGAAACAAGCGACGGGAAAGCACAGUAGCAUCUUCCAAAGCGGGAAGCAAAGCUUCACCGCCACCACGUAGAGGAAGCACGAGCAAAGGUGCUGGCAAAGGAGGCGAAACUAAAGCGCAGAAAGCUGAAAGGUUAAGGUUCUUUGACACUUGUUGGUGAAGACUAGUUGCACUUGUAGGCGAAGUGAUCAAAGGGGAAAGAGAAGCAGCUGCAUCAAGGACUAGAACAUGCUCGUCUAGCUAGGCAGUCGCAGUAAGAGUAUUAAUCAUGGAAGAUUACUAAUCAAUAAAUCACUUGAUCAUAUUAUAGGUGCAAAUCAUCUUCCUCUAAAGCCCGAACGGCAAAAGCGGGAACGCGAAGAACUGAUGAAGAAAGAGAAGGAAAGGUUAGAGCGCCUUCGCGAGAUGGAGAAGGAGCAGCGGGAUGCAGAUGUCCUUUUGCUGGCUUUGCACUGUCUUUAUUUGAUGAUUCGAGACAAUCCUCAUACGUUGAGGCGGUUGUGCAGGAGUGACAGAUGGGAAGAUGAAGAGGCGAAGAAGAAUUAAGGCAAUGAGCUGCUACAACUGUGCAUUGAAAAAUGGCACUUGUCUAUUAAUGUACUACUACGUCAAAGGCAAAGUUACAAUGUGAAGAAGUACUAAUAAUUUGUAAUUUCUUGAUACACCUCGGGUACGGGAAUAUGGUGUUGUUGAAAUAACACUCUGCUUAACAACCACCCUCUAAGAAACGAAGAAAGACAAAAGCGAAAGUGCAUCUUCUGAGAGCGCUAGUGGUGGCAACAUAGGCACUGCUUCUGGUGCGCCAUCUGGUCCAGCUUCUGGAGCGGUCACUGGAGGAGCUGCCAGUGGAGCAACAAGCAAGACGGCAUCAACACCCGAUAGCACCAAGCGUGAAAAGCGAGGAAAGAAGCCACCGAAUUAUGACAAAAGUACCUGGGAGUGGGAGUCAUCGAGUUUCUGUAAUUUAGAUUUCCAGUAUGUAAAAACAGUACUACUAACAAUCUUCCUUUCUUUUUCUUGCUUCAUGGGAAUGGGAAAGUAACUCCUAACUCCUUGCUUCACAGGAAAUUAGACCAAGAAAGGGAAUCCUCCUCUUCUAAAACCAAGACAAACGUGAUAUCACCUUACCUGACGGCACGAUUAAGCUCGCGGAUGAUGUUCCGAAUUGGAGAACACUGAAGGAUCCAGAGGCGAUUUUCACACGCGCGCGCCGGCGUCGGCUUAGUGCAGUGUCCCAAAUGGAUGCGAUUCAAAAAAGCGCAGUCAGCUGCUUCAUCAAACUGAUUAUUAAGGCUUAGUGAACGAGUAAUGGCAACGAGAGCGAAACAGAAUCCUCACGAGGACCCCCACUGGGACUUAUAGAAGUAUGUAGAAGUUGCUUCUAGUUCGACGAGUAGGAGGACUUCAAGAACUAGUCAGACGAGCACCAUGCCGUGUCCUCCAACACUUCGCUUCCACAGUCAUAGAAGAUACUUACUUCUAAUCCCAACGGGCGAUAUGCACAAGAUAGAGCGGAUGUGAUGACGCUGAUUUUGAGGAUCAUCAAGAUGUGUGCCAAUUAUUGGCGCAAAGACCCACAAGUGGGUCCGUGGAUUUAUGGCGAGGAUUUGUUUUCUGCAUUUUAUUGCAAUUACACAGCCUGCCUUCCUACAGAAAAGAAGAGCCAGCAGAAUUCCUUGACUUAGUAAAUAACAAACGAGGUUAUUAUAAAUGAUACUCACUUCCAUUCUACUCAACAACAAGCGCAUCGCAGUCGUGAAACAACGUCACUAGUAUCACCUCCUCUAACCCCCAGACCUAGUCCCAGCCGUCCAAGACGCUUUAUCCUGGUUCUGCGAUGACAUGCUAGUCCAGAUAGAGGGCUCUCAAGCCCUUUCCGCGAUAACCAACCUGUCACGUGAGAAGAACGAAAAAGAGUUCAUCGGACUGCGAUUACCGGUUUUGAGGAACGUCAGUGAGAUGAUCAAAGGCGGCAUCGAGAACACGAAGACGAUCUUAGAGGUUAGACAAAGGAUGGCAGCGAACGGCAGCCAGGAUGAGCAGGACCUGACUGAGGUGUUGAAUUGCUUUUCUCCAAGACUCAUGGAAGUAGCGGUG